AUGGCGGACCAAACCGACAACCGAACAGUAGGGACCAGUUUCACUUGCUGGCUCCUGGAUACUCGGUCAAUAUGGCCCGGUACCAAGAUUACGGACUCCGAAGCUGCCCGAGAAGCUCUUUCACUAGUCAGCCUUGAAGAGCGCGAGAACAUUACGCGCAAGUACCACAUAGCUGAUGCUCGUAUGAGCCUCGGCUCGGCACUACUCAAGCGUCUGUUCGUCCACAAGAUGCUGGGGAUCCCAUGGAAAGACAUCCGCUUCGGUCGCAAACGGGAUCCCAAGCAUGGAAAGCCCAUUGCGCUGUUGCCGCCGCCACAGUACGGCCCAGCACCUCUUGAGUUCAACAUCUCGCACCAAGCCGGCCUUGUGGCCUUGGUUGGGUGCAAGACGGACGAGCUAGAUGCGGAAGUAGGUGUGGAUAUCGUCUGUGUCAACGAAAGAGACGAAUACCGUGUUAUAGACAAGGAAGGCUUCGACGGCUGGAUAGACAUGUACGCCGAAAUCUACAGCCAAGAGGAGUUGUUUGAUCUCAAGUACAACGUUGAUCCUUUUCCUCUCCUCGACGGCACAGUAGUCACGCAAGAGAUAACCGGUCGCCAUGAUCGAUGUUGUGCACGGCACAAGCAACUCAGCAUCACGCUCCCGAGUGGAGAGAAGCGGGUAUUUGAUUCAGAACUCCUGAUUGAUGCAAAGUUGCGCCGUUUCUACACGUUUUGGUGCUACAAGGAGGCUUACAUCAAGCUUGACGGCGAAGCUCUCCUUGCACAGUGGAUCCCCCGGCUAGAGUUCAAGAACGUGCGUGCGCCCCGUGCUGGGACUCCUGCACGUUGCAGCACGCAUGGAACAUGGGGAGAACGCAUCAGUGAUGCAGAGGUUUGGUUCACGAUGAAGGCCGAUGGCAAGGGACCUGCAGGUGUAAAGGGUAUGAAGAAGGAUGAGAGUAAGAGGUUGGACGAUACACGAGUGGAGAUUCAGGCUUUUGACGAAAAAUUCAUGAUUGGGGUUGCGGCAAAGGAGAGGACAGAUGCUGCUGUCGAUGGAAAUAGGAAGAAGUUGCCAGAGGUGCUUACACAGUUCCAGGCGUUGCAUCUAGAAGGGGAUAUUAUGAGUGUUGCAAGGAUUGCAUGA